UUUGUUAAUGUGAGAUACUGAGUUCCAGAGUGCGUUCCAGUAGCGAGGAGCAAUAUGGCCGCUUGUUAUUGCGGGUGGUUUAUUGUCUUAGGAUUAGUGAUAUGAUUUUGUGUUAUUUUAAGCAGGACUUCGGCACAUAAGGAACCUAAUAAAUCUAAUUUGCAUUACUAACAGUUCGAAAUUAUUUCAGUGUAAUGGGUGCUAAAGCAAGUACCGCUAGUGGUGGAGGGACAAGUCCUCGAGCUCGAACUUUUUCUACUAGCAGUAGUUCCGAUGUUGUUGCUGGAGGUACGGGAUUUAGCCUUCUUAGGGCUAUCCCGGGUGCAGUGUCAAGUGACAGGCAGAGAGCACGUUCUUUGUCUAGUGUUCCGGACAGUCAUUCAAGUCACGAAGCCAUAGGAAUACCAAAUUCAAACGUUGGAGCUUAUGACAUAUCUGAGUCACCAGAAACUGACAGUAGUUCUCCUGAAGAUCAUGUCCUGGACAGCCCUUUAGCAGCGAAUAUUAGCCUUGGAAGAGUAUAUACAGCUCACUCCCUACCGUCUCAUAUUUGGUCAUUGAAUGUCCGCGGGUCGCUGGCUGGGAUGCGCAACGCGUCCGCCGCCGCCGCGGCCCCCGCCCCCGCCGCCAACGCCGCCCUCUCCCCGCGGCGCCGCUGCCACCUGCAUUGACAGAUGGUUUGAAGUUAAUCGUUCCUGUCCAGAGCAUCCUGGUGACUAGCUAAAGCAACUUCACAAGCUCCAAGGACAAAAGGCAAUGUGGCCUGUUGUUCUGAACUCAUCAUGUUCUGAAAAAUAUCAUUGCUGCCUCCCACACCAGAGUGAGCAUAGUUGUUUUAUUUGUCAUCCAUCUUUUAAUUGGAUAGCAUUGUCAAUUCCUGGGUGACACAGGGAUGCAAAACUUGUCACAUCCCUGUAUAUUUGUCAUGUGUGGUAAGAGAUAAAAGCGUAAUGGCUUUCACCAAUGAGUGAAGAGAAUUUCAGGCAACUCCCACUCCUCCAGAACAUGAAGCUUUGCUUAAAGACAGAGGAAAUGUCAUCAAUUUGAAGAUUCAUUCUCAAGUCGCUUCCCUGACAAUGAAAAUUAUUACGCUUUGCUGAGGAAUCAUGGAACAAAAAUAUAAUACAAGGAGUGAGAAAACGUCCCCGUUUUGUUUAUGUCUAUUCCUCCCUUUCCCAUUAUACACACACAUACACACAGUUGCUGUCUUAAACUAUCCUGGCCUUGACUAUUUCAAGUUAGAAAGCUGAGGUACUGAGUUUUGAAAGAGAAGCAAGUGGUCCAUUUUUAUUAUGGUAUUUUAAAUAGAAAAACAUGCAAAUGUAAUGAUGGGAAAACAUAAUGCAUGGCUAUAUAUCUUGAAGCUGUGUUUGUGGGAAAUAUGAUGUAUAUGUAUAAAAUUUAUUACUAUUAUGAUCAUAAUUUGUUUAUUAUGUAUACUAUAUAAGUUGAGUAGAUUUCCAUAUAUUUAAUGAGUCUUUGUAUCAGAAAAUAUUUAAAAGAAAAGUCAGAUGUAUUUUUAAUAUAUUCUUUUUUCUUUUCUUUAUUACUGUUAUAUUGCACAUAACAUCUUUGCUUGAAAUAAUUAAAAAUGUGUCACUCGAAAGUUAAAUAGAAGUUCUCUGAGCAGGAGACAAAUGCAUUAAAAAUUAUAUAUUUAGGAUAACUAUAUGGGCACAUACCAGCAUUGCAUUGAUUGGGAUUUAAAGUGUCUCAGCCUCUGCAUAUUAGGCUUUAAUAUUUUUGAUACUUUCAUAAAGAAAUCUCAUUAAACCAUGGAAAACAUGCAGUGGUAAUACUCAGGAGAGUUUCUGAGUGUAGGAACUAAAUUAUUUUAAUUGUUGUGGAUAGAGAGUGCAAGAGCGAGAGAGAGAGAAUGUAUAUAUUUGCAAGAAGUAACCAAAGAUGUUUGUUAUUAUUAGGCAUGAAAAUGGAGAAGUUAGUUUACACUUAUAUAAGUAAAUGUUGAGAGUACAUUUGAAGUGUCAUAAUCUAUGUGGUUUUAAAAUUAUAACAUAUUUAUUCCAGUAAAUAUAUAUGAAUUGCCCUUAUGGUGCCGUUACUCCCUGUUAGUUUUAUAAAUCAAAAUUAUCGUAUUUUAGUGGAAAUUGAUGAAAAACAAUGUAAUGCUAGAGAGCUGAUACAAACAAAUCUUGUCCUAGAAGGCAUAAACUGUCUGGACAGGGCAGCUUUUUGUUUUUGCAGGAUUAUUCUAUUACAACAAUGAGAGAAUGAUAAUGGCCAGCAAUUUACAUUUCAUUUAAUUGUGAGAAAACAAUGUACCAGCUUACUAUUAGUGGCCUGGAAAUGUACCACACUCUUUGAUAUUUGAUGUAGGUUGUGCCUUUUUGUUAUUUGUUUUGUAUGCUGCUGUACUAUUUUCUUCAGUGGAAACAUAUCCUAUGAUCUUGAACAUAUGAAACAUUCUAUGUAAAAAGAAGAGGACAGAUUUCUAAAUGUGUACAAAAAUAGGUGGUUUCAUUGAAGUGAUAUCCAGAAAAAUUCACGUUGAACUAUUCUCGCCAUCUUGACCUUCAGCCUUCUGACUUCCAAUUGUCCUUAACUCACAUUCUCACUUAAAUACUUGUCUGACAGUAAAACUAUGUAGUUACAUGGACUUUUUGUUUUUAUGGCUUUUUUGAAGUGAAAACAUUAUCUGAUACAGUGUUUUAAGUUCAAAACAAUUUGUCAUGUCAAAUAGAACUUGCUAUGUUAUGGAAGACAGACAGUGCAUAUGUUGUCAGAUUGAAAUUGACGAACUGAUCCAUAUGUUGUUGUUAGAAGUGCAGUGACACAAUCCUUUUCCACCAUCGAAGAAAUUUGUGUCAUUCUGACACUGAACAAUGUAAAGUAGUGGUGAAAAUACUAACGAUUGAAACUGUGAUUCCGUUUGCGGCCAUUGGAGCAGCAACAGAAGUCUUUUAUCUCUGUAGUCUGGUGCUACAGUCAAAUAAAUCUGCAUUAUGUGUGGAGAUUUAUGAUUUUUGAUGCAAAUAUGAAAAAUAUAAACUAAUGAAACAUUGUGACUUGUUUACUUUGUUGUUAGCAUCUUCAUGAGAGAACAAGAGAAUGAUUGUAAAAUAAAAAAUUAGUCCAAUUACCUUCAAACAUCAUCUAAAGCAAGAAUUUGUUACAUAUGUAACAUCAAAUUUUGAUACAUCAAUAUUGGAAGAUAAUUUUGUAAAAUAUGUUUGUAUUGUUUCUUUUUUUAUAUGAUUAGAAAUUCCAAUCAACAUUCAAGAACACUUGUGCAUGUUGCUACCCAUGUCUAAAAAAUACCAUGCCAAGUACAAAUUUUUGAUUUUGUGGAAACUCAUAUGUUAGAGAGUUCAUGCCAAUAAGAUUAAGGCUAAACUUUUAAUAUUUUAUAGAUGGGAUGUAAGAAACUUGAUAAAUACAUUGUGACAAAAAUUUGAGAAAUCAGCUAACCAAUUUUCAACAUGUAAUAAUUAAUCCUCUCACACUGUAGGUUCUAAACAAGUGUUUAUUCCUACAAGUGCCAACGAAACGGCAUUUUAAAUGUUUAGAAAAGUCUGAGAAGAUAAGUGUCUUGUAAAAACCUCUAAAGUGUAAUUUGUGUGGUACUACAUUAUCUGGCAAUGCUCCCAUCUUUAUUCUGUGUUUAAACAUAAUUUUACAGUGAAUUUAAUGUUGUAUCAUAAGUUUGGAUGGAUUUGGGGAGUCUAAAUAUGUGCCAAUGAUAAUCAUGAAUGUUAUUGUGUGAGUGGAGACAUUCUUUGUUGAUGUGAUGUCUUUUGUUCUACUAACUUAAGUUCUCUAUACUGAUGAGUUUCAAUAAAAUCAGUGUUGUAGAUGGCAUAGCUAACCUGAAGAGUAAAUUUCAGAUUCAAGAUGUAAACAAAAAAGUAAAUAUACCAUAGAAAUGGAUGAAAUGUUUUGUUUUAUUUGCUGUUUUUUGUUGAUUUUAUUGCUUGUGUAAGUCUCAGUCCCAUUUUGGUGGUUGAACAGUGGUUGGCUACACUCCUUAAGUGCAACAUGCCUUUCUUUCCUUGAAGUUUCAUACAUUCCAAAAUUUUAUAUCAGAUUUCAUUGCAGUUGUAAAUGCACUCCUAUGUCUUGAUGUCAUUCACUUUCUUCAAGAAUAUCAAUAUAAUUAUCUUGAUUUCAAAAUUUCUCUAAGGAAAAUGUAAUCUUAAACUUUAUUUAUAAGUAUCUAAUUGAAAAUGAGUAAGAAGAAAGUAAAUUACUGAAGAUAUUAGCCAAACUUUCAGUUGCUGACAGCUAUUGAGAGGUAUUAUUCACAUGAAAUGUCAAGAAUUUACCAAAUUAAGAAAUUGUUCUUAUUGAAAAGUAAGAGGAAUUAGGAAGUGAAAUUCAUUCAUAAAUUUCUUACCAAAAUUGCCAAAAAAAUAAAAUUGUUUGUCAAUUGGAUAUGAAUGCUACUUAGAUUCCCAUGAAAUAGCAUCGAUUUCUGUGUUUGCCUGUUCUAGUGAGGAAUUGGAC